UGCGCGACGUCGCGAUGCCGGCCAGUGUCCGCGGCGCCGGCGGCAACAGGCGGAGACCCUGGACACCUCCCAUCAUCACCAUCACCGAUACAGACGCAGAGAGGGACCUGGUCGACCUGUUUGGGGAGGGCGACUUUCGGACGGAGCUAGCAGACGGCGAGGAGCCGUCUCCGCCGCCGCUGCCACCCGAGGGCGAUCAGUCAUCGACAGCGACGAGUAACGGUAAAUCUUCGUCGUCAGAAACUGGAAAUUCGCGAUUGCCGAAAAUACCCACUACAGUGAAAGAAGAAAAAGAAGAGAUGCUGCUUCACUCGGCCGCCGCUCCUCCUUCCGACCGACGCUGGGCCACCCGGCGGAAAACGGGCGUGCAACGCGUGGGCGCCGCCCGCACGCGCACGGCCACCGCCCCCGCCCAGGCUGCCGCCCCCGCCGCCGCCCCGGCGCGGCCCGGCGCCGGGCGUCGUGUCCGGGUGCGUCCCCACAGUCAGAUGGCGUCCCCUAGGGAACGGGAGGCGGCGGCCGCGGCGCGUGCUAAGGAUGACACCGCCGUGGGCUACGAGAGCGACUCGGCCUGGGAUAGUGUGCCCAGCCGGUACAGCGACGCCAGUGGACAGUGGCGGGCACGCAGGGCCACCUUCUUCCGAAACGGCGACCCCUGGUUUCAGGGACUUCAGAUGCGCUUCGUGCCUGGUCGGGACUUUGCCUCUCUGGAGGCCUUGUGUGCUAAAAUAUCGGACCGAAUAGAUCUUCCAAACGGGGCGCGUUACGUGUUUACGAUGGACGGAACCCGCGUGCGGCUGAUUCAGGAGCUCCAGGACGGCUCCUGUUAUGUCUGCUCUUCCUCGCGUACUUUUCAGAAGGUGCCUUACGGUAUGAAGUCGCUGGGGCGUCGCACUCAACCUGACCCCGAGUCGACUCCGCGCCGAGAAAAGCCCCGCAGGCACCGUGUCAAGCCACUAUCGCCCGUGGUGAGGCGCGGAUUCGGCCGUACCGCCGGCGGCGGCGGCAGCAGCAGCGGGGGGAGCGGGGGCAGCGGCGGGGCGCCCGCUGAGGUGACGGAGCCGGUGGACAGCGGAGGGAAGGGAGGACGACGCUCCGGCGACGGACGGGUCAUCAAGAUCGUCAACAACGACGACCACUCCGUGCAGAGUCGUGUUUUGCUGAACUUGAAGACCUGCCAACCCUUUGAAGACGUUCUUUUGGAUUUGGGACAAAUCAUCAAGGUGAAGAACGCAGCAAAAAUGUACACCACAUGGGGCCAGGAGGUGAAGAGUUUCUCCCAGCUGAGGAAUGACUUCGCCGAGACGGACACGUUCUACCUGAGCGGCGGAGGGCAGACCACUGUCCGGGGGACAAAGGUUACCACGGACACCGCCUUCCGCACACUGGAGGACCGCAAACUGGAUAAGAUCAUGAGGCGUUACAACAGCGAACCUACCCUGCCCGGGAAAGACCGCAAGGCUCAGCCGAUACGGGGCCGGGCCGAUUCCGCCUCUGUGCCCAGCGUGGGGCCGCGCACCUCGGCAGAGAGGGCCAGUGAGGCGGAGAAGCCUCGGAUCAAAGUCAGUCUGCUGGGGCUGACCCGCACCUUCUACCUGCCGAGCAGACAUCCGCGGGUCAACCCGCUGCCUCCCGACCGACGCCUGAAGCUCGACUGGGUUCACGGGUACCGAGGGGUGGACACCAGCCACAACCUGUGGCUGCUGCCGUCCGGAGAGCUUCUCUACUUCGUGGCCACGAUUGCGGUGCUUCACAACCGGCGAUCGGACACCCAGAGACACUACACGGACCACACAGCCGACAUUCAGAGUAUGGACCUGCACCCGUCGCGUCACGUGGUGGCCUCGGGUCAGCGGGCCGGUCCCGGCUCGCUGUACGGCGCUGUGCGGGUCUGGGGGGUGGACCGUCUGGACACCCUGCACCUGUUGGCCGGAGGGGAGUUUCAGAUGGGCGUGUCGGCGCUGUGCUUCUCGAUACGGAACCAGGGCGCCCACCUGCUGGCCGUCGAUGAUGGAGAGGAACACCUGAUGUCGGUGUGGACGUGGCAGAGUCAGCAGCUGCUCGGCAGGGUGGCGACGCAUCAUGACAAAAUCCACGGCGCCAAGUUCCACCCGAUGGACAAUAACCUGAUCGUCACGUACGGAAAGGACCACCUCAGUUUCUGGACUCGGAGACGGGACGGCAUCUUUGACGCCGUCGACUUGUUUGCUGGGUCGGCGAGGAAGACUGUGUUGUGCGUGGCGUUCGAGGUCGGAGGCGAUCUGAUCACCGGUGACAAUGAGGGAUUCAUCACCACAUGGACCAUAGACAAUGACGGCGAUUACAGAAAGAAACACGAUUUCGAGGCCCACUCUUGUCCGGUGUCGUCUCUGCUGCUGCUGUCGGAGAUUACACUGCUCUCUGGUGGCGAAAAGGACCGCCGGAUCUGCGCCUGGGACUGUGGCAUGGACUACGACAAACGGGCAGAGACUAGGUUACCGGAGGCAGCGGGCGGGAUCCGGACCCUGUGUCCACAGAAGAUUGGCACCAACGACGGAAACAUAUACGCCGGCACCGUCAAGAACAUGAUCCUCGAGGGAUCCCUCAUGAGGCGCUUUCACACGGUUGUGUUCGGUCACAGUCGGCAGCUCUGGGGUCUGGCCGUCUGCCACGAAGAGGAAUCAUUCGUAACGGCCGGCCAUGACCGGAUCGUAGCCAAGUGGUCUGCCAAACACAAACUGCUGUGGAAAUCACCGAUCAGCAGUGAGGGCGUCGCCUGCAGCAUACACCCGCUGGACACGGUGGUAGCGGUGGGGUCACAGGACGGCUACCUGUACAUCUUCAAAUUGUCUGACGGCGCCCAGGUGGGCUCGUUUAGAGUCUGCGGACAGCCUCUCAACUGCAUCAGCUACAGCCCAGGCGGUGACAUGCUGGCUAUAGGCGCCCAGACGGGCAGCAUCUACCCGUACAAGGUGGGCAGGGACGGCACGGUAUACGUCAAGUUCGGGCCGAUGCAGGGCUCCCAGCCUCUGACCCAGCUUGACUGGAGCGUGGAUGGGGAGUACCUGCGCACCGUCACCAGCCAGCACGAGCUGGUCAUAUGGAAUAAGCGAGCGAUGGGCAGGGACCGGGCGCCGUACAACCUACGAGACAAACACUGGAUGACCCACACCUGUACAGUCGGCUACCGAAUACUGGGUGCCUGGCCGGACCUGCACUUUAUCAGGGAGCUGGGCGUGUGGUCAGAUAGCUAUGUGGACGCCGACAAGGCCAAGGUGCUGGUGACCGCCUGCCGGUCGUUCGACCACGAGCUGCUGGCCGUCGGCGACUCGGAGGGUGGCCUGCAGCUCUACAGGUAUCCGUGCCCUCUGAGCAAGCGGGACAUGCCCCAGUGUCACAGCUACACACCUCAGAGCGCGCAUGUGGCCUGCACCCGCUUCAUGCGCACCGACCGCCACCUGGUGACGGUUGGAGGAACUGACGCUACCCUCCUGCAGUGGCGAGUGGUGUAGAGGACACCGCUGUCGGGGUACAUCAGAUUGGACUAUUCUGUCGGGCAGCAAUAUUCCGUGCGACAUUUCUUUACAUGUAUGACCAGAGACACCGGACAAUAGCCUUGAGAAGUGUAAAUAUUGUUUGUUAUAUCAGUUUAUCAUGCGUCGAAGUGUUGCCUUACGAAGAUAAGUCAUAGCAGCCAGCCCUGAGCCCAUGUUGACUGGUGGCUGCCCUAUAGCCUCGUCUUACGAGACUUGAAAGUUGAAAGAUGAUCUCUACUCAUUGUCUGACCCCCUGUUAUGACCGUUGUCAUUUGGCGAACAGCAUGUUGCAAAUACUGUAAGUAUACUGACCGGGAACUGCAUCUAUUGAUUUCACUCGUAUCGAGCCACUAAAGGGGAAUCAUUGCGCAGGUCGAGCAAACAGGGUAGCUUAUUGCCUUUAUCUGUUACACUGCAUCAUCAGCGUAAUUAGAAAUGUUGGAAUGGUGCUGAUUUGUUUGUGCUAAGCGAUAUAUCAGAAUGUUAUACUCAUUGCACAAUGCAGGAACUUCGCUAACCUGAUGGAAAGACCCAACGGCGAUUCCCACUUGGCCCAAUUAUGUAGAUCUCUUACGCAGCAGUAGUAGUUAGUCAUGAAUGUAUUUUCAUACCAAUUGUUUAGUCAUUUUGCAUAGCCAUAUAAUGAGAAAUCAGUACGUUAGCGUGAUUUGGGUGCGUUGUGCCGUUGUGACGGACACUAAGUUCUGCCGCCGUUGCGCAACCGUUAGCGCAUCAAUGCAAUACAGAUCAUGCUUUUA